AGACAUGUCUUUGAUCGAUUUGGAUUUCGGGGGUGGAUCCACCAUUCCGCCCAAGGCUGCUCCAGCAGUUCAGGCUGCUGCUGCUGUGAGGAACUACGUCGUGAAGCCUCGCCUUGAGUACAAGACCGUGAAGGCUGUGCAAGGUCCUCUCGUCAUCCUCAACAAAGUGAAGUUCCCCAAAUAUGCCGAGAUUGUUACCCUCAAGCUCGGCAACGGAGACGAGAAGCGUGGCCAGGUUUUGGAGAUCUCCGGAAACAAGGCCGUUGUGCAAGUGUUCGAGGGAACCAGCGGCAUCGACAACAAGAACACCACUGUUCAGUUCACUGGCGAGGUGUUGAAGAUUCCCGUGUCCGAAGAUAUGCUUGGAAGAACUUUCAACGGAUCUGGAAAGCCAAUUGACAAGGGUCCCCCUGUUUUGCCCGAGGAUUACCUUGACAUUAUGGGUAUGCCCAUCAACCCUGCCUCUCGUAUCUACCCCAAGGAAAUGAUCCAGACUGGUAUCUCGGCCAUUGACACCAUGAACUCCAUUGCGCGCGGUCAGAAGAUUCCCCUUUUCUCUGCCGCCGGUUUGCCUCACAACGAGAUUGCUGCUCAAAUUUGUCGUCAAGCUGGUCUCGUGAAGAAGGAAGCCAAGGGCGCUGCCGAUCACGGAGAGAGCAACUUCGCCAUUGUUUUCGCAGCUAUGGGUGUGAACAUGGAGACUGCUCGCUUCUUCAAACAAGACUUCGAGGAGAACGGAUCUAUGGAGAACGUGUGCCUCUUCUUGAACUUGGCUAACGAUCCUACCAUCGAGCGUAUCAUCACCCCUCGUCUUGCCUUGACCACUGCCGAGUACCUUGCUUACCAGUGCGACAAGCACGUUCUGGUUAUCUUGACUGAUAUGUCCUCAUACGCCGAUGCCCUUCGUGAGGUGUCCGCUGCUCGUGAGGAGGUUCCCGGACGUCGUGGUUAUCCUGGUUACAUGUACACUGACUUGGCCACCAUCUACGAGCGAGCUGGUCGUGUUGAGGGGCGCAACGGGUCGAUCACCCAGAUUCCUGUUCUUACCAUGCCCAACGACGAUAUUACUCACCCUAUCCCUGAUCUUACUGGAUACAUCACUGAGGGACAGGUGUACAUCGACAGGCAUCUUCACAACAGGCAGGUCUAUCCUCCCAUCAACGUGUUGCCUUCCUUGUCUCGUCUUAUGAAGAGCGCCAUCGGAGAGGGUAUGACUCGCAAGGACCACGACGCCUUGUCCAACCAGAUGUACGCCAACUACGCUAUCGGGAAGGAUACUGCUGCUAUGAAAUCUGUCGUCGGAGAGGAAGCUUUGACUCCCGACGAUCUCUUGUACUUGGAGUUCCUUACCAAGUUCGAGGAGCGCUUCCUUGCUCAGGGAUCGUAUGAGAUGCGUGAUAUCUUCACCUCUCUGGAUAUUGCAUGGGGACUUUGCCGCACUUUCCCUAGGGAAAUGUUGAAGCGUAUCGACGGAAAGAUUCUUGAUGAGUUCUACUCGCGCGAGUCUACCGUGAACUAAAGGGUCAAAGACGUCCGCGUGGGGAUUGAUCAUCUCCACGUUGCAUCCGCAUAUUCUUAAGCGUGAAACAAGGAUAGUAAACCAUCCGUGAUCGAC